UUUGCCAAUUUAAAAACUACUGAAUCUAGGGCAAUCAUAUCAUCAGAUGAUGACGAUGACAUCUUUCACGCUCAAUGUUUCGAACAGAACUACCAGUUUCAGCCAGCAAUUACUCUUUCCUCCAUAGUAGCGAGAAAACAGAACCAUUUAUUGAGGAAUCCAAGGAAAGUAACAUGGGCCAUCCUCUACAGAAGGAAACAUAAGAAGAGUCAAGAGGAGGAAACUACCAAAAAACGUACCAGGAGGACUCAAAAAUUCCAAAGGGCUAUUGUAGGAGCUCCUCUAAAUGGCAUUAUGGCUAAGAGAAAUCAAGGGCCUGAAGUGAGGAAAGCUCAGGGAGAACAAGCCAUCGGGGCUGUCAAAGAGCAGAAGAAGAGCCAAAAGGCUACCAAGAGGGCUGCCGCUCCACCUAAACCCAAAGCUGCACCUAAACAGAAAGCAGCCAAAAAUGUAGAAAAGGCUGCACCACGUGUAGGAGGCAAACGUUAAUUUAAGAUCCUCAAUAAUUCAACUUACUUGUACUCAUUUCCAGCUGCUCACGUUGGAAUCGGACUGGUGACCUACUGGCCCGAGUAGACCUUCUCAAACCUGAAGAAUAAAGAAAUAUAUUUCAGAAUUAAAAAUUAAUUUGAAUGUGAAAAAUUGUUAUUGUUUGUCUUCUUUAUGAAUCGAUUAUGUUACACACAAAAGAAAAGCGAUAACAUAAAAUCCGGAUCUUUAAGAAGCUUGUGAAAAAUCAUCGGCCGGCCGUACAGAAUUGAUAUUCUUCCAGAAAACAAUUCUUCGGUAUUAAAUUUAUC